AACCAAGACCGAGUGAGUUCCAGAGACCGUUGAGAAGAAGAGGCGAAGAGGGACGACCAACAACGGGAAAUGGGUGGCUCAGCGACAUAUUCAGUAUGACCAUAGAUUUUUCAUGUCAAAUUUGGCACUUUCUCGAUUCCACCUGAACUGCGACAGCCAUGUGGUCAUUUUCUGGCGGUUCAUCAUCCUAGUUCGCCUGAGAUCAAAGGUCCUCAUUCAAUAUCCGGAGAGAGGGAGGGGGAGCGAGCUCUGCUCCGACCCUUCCUUGUUCGAUUGUUGGGCGACAUAACGCUCGAAGUCACCGUGACUCUUCUCUUGCCUCCUGCUGAGAAGAAAGCGACUAUGGUAGCGCUCUGGGGGAAGCAAAAAGUCGAAGUUUCUUGAGGGUGUCCGGCAGGAGGGAUCAAAAGAACGGCGACCAACAUGGGAACUCAAACCGAGGACGACGUGGUUCUCGUACGAAGCGGCCGCAAGGAAGGGGAUCCCACAGUCAUCACCGUCAAUUGCCUGGACAAAAUCGGUCUAGGUUGUGAUCUCUGCCGUAUCAUUAUGCAAUUUGGUUUGAGCAUUACACGAGGAGACGUAUUGACGGAUGGGAAAUGGUGUUACUUGGUCUUCUGGGUGGUUCCUUGGCCGCGGGAACGGCCUGUAAGGUGGAGCAAUUUGAAGAAGCUACUCUUUUCAGCGUGUCCCUCGUGUUCGUUGGCUACUUCUCUUUUUCUUCGGCAAGAUAAACCGGCGAAACCGUCUGAAGUUUACAUGCUGAAGUUGUGUUCUUUGGACAGGGGCGGUCUUCUCCACGAUGUGAGUGAGGCUCUCUGUGAGCUUGAGCUUACAAUUAGAAAAGUUGUCGUCUCAACAACUCCAGACGGGAAGGUUAUGGAUCUCUUCUUUGUAACGGACACAAGGGAAUUGCUUCAUACAGAAAAGAGAAGGGCGGAAACAUGUGAGCAGAUAAGAAGUGUCUUGGGAUUGUCCAUAAUAAGUUGUGGGCUGGAAUUGGUUGAACCAGAGAUGGGCCUUUCUCAACAAGCCACCUCUUUAUCUGCUUUUUCAUCCUCAAUUACUGAAGAAACAUUCAGUAUAAAUCAGAAUGCAGGCAACAACAUCUCAGUUACGAUCGAUAAUUUGAUUAGCCCGUCUCAUACCGUUAUUCAGAUCCUCUGUCUUAAUCACAAAGGCCUUCUAUAUGACACUAUGAGAACUCUGAAAGAUUGCAAUAUACAAGUGCGUUAUGGGAGGUUUACUUCAAAGGGGCAUGGCAAUUGUGAGCUUGAGUUGUUUGUAAUGCAAGCAGAUGGGAAGAAGAUGAUCGAUUCAGAGAAGCAGAAGGCUUUGUGUUCAAGGUUGCAAACAGAAUUGCUUCAGCCUCUGCAGGUGAAGGUGGUGAAUCGAGGUCCUGAUAUGGAGCUUCUGGUUGCCAAUGCGGUUGAGUUAUCUGGUCAGGCCCGGCCAUUGGUUUUCAAUGACAUCACCUAUGCUCUCAAACAGCUGAAGCUCUGCAUCUUUUCUGCUGAAAUCAAGAGAUAUGUGAUUGCUGAACGAGAGUGGGAGGUAUACAGGAUCCUACUGGAUGAUGGCCAAGGAAACAAGAUCAAGGAGCAGGUGAGGAAGACCUUGAUGGGAUGGGACUGAGUGGACCUCGAAAAGGGAAAGUUGACGUUGAUACAGAAACUAUGGUGGAGGAAUGAAGUGGGAAACUUUGGAAAACUUGUGCACAUAGUUGUAAUAUAUAUUGUAUACCUCAUAACAAUACUUCACGUGUAUAUACGGCAAUGUGUUUUCUAGUGGUAGAGUGCGUUCUUGAAACCAAUAGUUUUACUCGAAUUCUGAUUCUGAAGAUGCUUUGCUGUGUUCUCUGUCCAAUUUUUCCUGCUGGACGCUCAAAUAAGUCUCUCAAGUCAUUGGCAUUGAAGGAUUUGUAAUUUUCUUCUUAAUAGCAACGUACAUGC